UGCUGCACACCAUCAGGAGUCCAGACUGAAUAAAGACACUGCAGUGAGAGCCAGAACCUGUCUACAGCCACAACUAUGAAUUCAGCUGUCGUUGCCUCUCUCACCUGCCUGCUCGUCCUCUGUGCACAAGGACAACCAGCCAGCAGAUCUCGUAGAUGCAAGUGUUCAAACGAUUAUAUCGGCAGGAUCAGCCCGAAACUCAUCAAGGCAGAGCCAGUCAUACACCAGCCAAGUGUCUUCUGUCCACAUACAGAGAUUAUUAUCACCAUAACAGGAAAUAAGGAGAAAUGUGUGAAUCCACAGUCACCACUUGGAAGACUCAUUCAGAAAAACAAAAACAAGUACGAGAAGAAAGGAGCUGUGAGCACGACGACGGCUUCCAGUCAAUCCUCUACUUGGAGCUCAACAAGACUCCACAGCACAUCCAAACUGUAGCACUCUGCACUGAAGAGGAAACACUGUCUUUAGAAAUGAAGCAGUGGUUCACCAUCAUGGCUUUGUCAUGUUGAUGCAAUAAGUGGGUUUAUGUGAUCAUGCUCUCAAUGGCCAGUCUUUGGUUUCUGUUCUCUUUACUGAAGUUGUCUUCACAUGUAUAUAAGAAGUAAAUUAUCUGUAUUUAAGUUUUUAAUAAAAUGAAAAUAAAACAGCUGA